AUGGCGGGGCAGCCGCGGGGCGCUGGGCCCCUCUGGGCUCUGGGCGGCGCCGCCCUGGGGGUCUGCCUCACGGGGGUCGCCGGGCAGCUGGUGGAGCCCAGUACGGCCCCGCCCAAGCCCAAGCCGCCCCCGCUGACCAAGGAGACCGUGGUGUUCUGGGACAUGCGCCUGUGGCACGUGGUGGGCAUCUUCUCGCUCUUCGUGCUGUCCAUCAUUAUCACCCUGUGCUGUGUCUUCAACUGUCGUGUGCCACGGACCCGGAAGGAGAUAGAAGCCCGGUACCUGCAGCGGAAGGCUGCCAAGAUGUACACAGACAAGCUGGAGACUGUGCCACCCCUCAACGAGCUUACAGAAAUCCCCGGAGAGGAUAAGAAGAAGAAGAAGAAGAAGGACAGCGUGGACACAGUGGCCAUCAAGGUAGAGGAGGAUGAGAAGAAUGAGGCCAAGAAGAAGAAAGGGGAGAAAUGAGAAGUGCUUCCUGGAGGUGGCAGCUGGGGCUGGCAGGCCUUCAGGCUCAAGCCCUGGCCAGGGUCCACACAUCUUGGACUCCAAGCUCAGAUGUAGACCACAGAGGCGGCAGAACAUCCACUCCUGCUCAGGGGGGAAGCUAAGGCCCAUGGCCAAGUUCUCAUGGCUCAUUGGGGGCAAGGACAAGACUGCACCAGGUGUCCUGUCCCCCAGCCCAGACACUGCUCCUUGCACCCAUCCAUGUGGCCUUGCCCUCCUCGGCAAGGUUGGUCAGGGGCCUCUGUCCCUCUGCAGAUGCAGAGUGUCCUCACACUGCUCUCCCACCCAGACAUGCCUCUGUCCCACCCCUUCUGCAAGGAACAGCAGUGGCCAUGAAGGAGUAAUGGAAUGUGAGGCUCCCUCUCUGGAAGAGGAUGGCUGACCUGGAUGGGUUGGGGGGAGGCCACACCCAGACCAGCCAUGAGAGGGGAGAGGGGUCACUGGGGGAAGUAAGAGCAGCAGGAGGUUCUCAGACUCAGCCAGGUCACAGCCCUGAUGGUAAGGGAUCUGCCCCAAGCCUGGCAAGGGUCUGGCUGAGAGGAGUGAGCAGAAGUGACCCCAGAGGAGGAGGAACCCCAGCCCAGCAGAUACCAAGCUCAAGGCACCAAGGUCCACUUCUAGUGUCCCUGGUGUGCUGGAGCCGAGACUGCUGGGAGGCCUGUCAUGGAGCCCAGGACUCCGGGCUGAAGGCUGCAGGGCAUGUCAGCAGAGGGCUGAGACCAGCGGGUGCAGAGGAGAAAGCUGGGGCCUUGGGACUGUCCUUGGGAAUUGAGGCAAUAUUUAAGAACCCAAGGGGGCCUCUCGCUGUUCUUUCUAUAUCCAGCUGUGGUGGGAGAUUUCAGGGCCCUAGAUGGUCAUGGCAAGGGGUGGCUUGCAGUUGACAUGGCAACCAGCCUUCCACCUGCUGCAUAUAACAGCGCACAGCUUCCUCUUCUACCAUUUUCUAGUACCGGGGCUUAAUAGAAGCAACACUGAUCUGAAGGCAAAGGCCCAAACAACCACAUGGUGGCUGAAUCCUUGGGGAGGGGAGAUGUACAGAGACCCUACUCCCACUGCCUCGUGGCAUCGAAUGUCCAGCUAAGGUGCUCAGAGGGCCUAGAGGCCAAGGAGACAUCAAGGAAGGUUUCUGAGGUAGGGGAGCCUGCUGGGAACAUUCUGGCUGCCUCUGCAACCUGCAGGGAU